CACAGACACACACAGAGACACCAAUGCAGAGGCAUAAACCCUGUAGGAGGCUCUCAUCAGCAGCACUGAGUGGAUGGGAGUGAGUGUGUGUGUGUGUGCGUGUGUGUGUGUGUGUGUGUGUGUGUGUGUGCGUGAGAGCGAGAGAGAGACGGAGCAGUCAGUGAGCAGAGAGACUGGAUGUGUGAAGCUGAACACAAGCUGUAGACUCUCAGAGGUGACAGCGUUUGUGCAAGAGCUGGACAUAAUCAGUAUGGGACCCAUUUCCUGGAGCCUUUGUGUCCUCUUCUGUGCCUGGACAUGGGGACAAAGUAUGGGUGUGUUGCGGAGACGGAGGGCCUGGGAGGAAAAGGGAGAAGAUGGCCCUAAAAAGUGCUCAUACACCUUCCUGGUCCCUGAGCAGAAGAUCACAGGGCCUAUCUGUGCAAGUCGCGGACCCUCGCUUCCAGACAAAGAUCGCGUAACCAGGAUGGACAUAGCAGAUGUCCGUGAGCUGAUGUCCAAGCAACGACGUGAGAUAGACACCCUGAGGAUGGUGGUGGAUGUGGAUGGCAACAUGGUGAAUGAGAUGAAACUGCUGCGGAAGGAGUCCCGUAACAUGAAUUCCCGCGUCACACAGCUCUACAUGCAGCUUCUGCAUGAGAUCAUUCGCAAGCGGGAUAAUUCGCUGGAACUCGCACAACUGGAAGGUCGCAUCCUCAAUGCCACAGCAGAGGCAUUACGACUCUCAGCCCGCUACAGGGAUCUUGAGGCCCGAUUCUCCACUCUUGCCGCUGUGGUCAAUAACCAGUCAGUUCUGAUUGGUGCUCUGGAAGAGAGAUGUCUGCAGGUGUAUGGGAAUCACAGGCAAGAGCCGCUUCCCCCGCCGCUUGUUCAGGUGGUUCCAGAGAACAUUCCAGUGCAUGUGCCCCGUUUUUCCAAUGAGAUCCAGAGGGUCCACAGCCGGGCUUUCCCCAGGGAGAGAGGAUCCAGAGCAGGACCAGAACCCACUGAAAGUACCCUGGAACUCAAACGACCACUGACUGGCAACUUCAGCUCUGAAGGUCCUUUCCGCGACUGCCUUCAUGCUAUGCAGGCUGGACAUACCAGUAGUGGAAUGUACCUUCUUAAACCAGAUGGGACUGAAAGGCCGAUACAAGCGUGGUGUGAGCAAGAUGUGGACAAUGGAGGCUGGACCAUCAUCCAGAGAAGAAAGGAUGGAUCUGUUAACUUUUUCAGAAACUGGGAGACUUACAAGCAAGGUUUUGGCAACAUAGAUGGUGAGCACUGGCUAGGUCUGGAGACUAUUUACAACUUAGGCAAGCAGGGAGAUUACAAGUUGCUGGUGGAGCUUCAGGAUUGGAUGGAAAAGAAGGUUUACGCAGCCUACAGCAGCUUCCAUCUGGAGCCUGAGAGCGAAUCGUACCGCCUGCGUCUGGGCACUUACCAAGGCAAUGCUGGGGAUUCUUUAACCAGCCACAAUGGCAAGCAGUUCACCACGCUUGAUCGGGACAAGGAUGCCUUCUCAGGAAACUGUGCUCACUUCCAUAAAGGUGGCUGGUGGUACAAUGCAUGUGGCCAGACCAAUCUCAACGGUGUGUGGUACUCUGGCGGCGUGUAUCGCAACAAGUUCCAAGACGGCAUCUUCUGGGCGGACUAUGGAGGAGGCUUCUACUCCAUGAAAUCUGUGCGCAUGAUGAUCAGUCCUAUUGACUGAAGCAUAAACAAAGCCAAAACCUGAACAUAGUUUAACACCUCCAUCUCUGUGCAUACGCAGUGGCAAAACUGGAACUUUAGAGCUGGGAGAGAAUUCUCAAUUCCACUUUCAAGUAGAUAAAAUGGCCAACUUUAUCAGCUGCACAAGCCCAGAUCUUUGGAGGUUCCCCUGCACACAAGGCCUUUAUACAAACUCCAUCAAGAUUAGACAAUAAAUCAAAAGUACAUGCAGUUUUAUGCUUACAUUUCUCCAUGGGGGAUAUUGUUAAAAUACCAUUGUGGUUAGCUUAGAGCUUAUUUAUGAAAUCAUUCAUUCAUAUAUUUUUUUCUUUAAUUAUCCUUCCACUUUUCCAACUGGGGUUAUGGUCACAACAACCCGAGAGGUCAGCCCAGAUUUCUAAAUUCAAUUCGAUUUUAUUUGUAUAGCACUUUAAACAAUAGACAUUGUCACAAAGCUUUAGAUUUAAAUUUAGAUUUAGAUCUGUAUCCCUGGCAACAGAUUCCAGCUCCUCCAUGGUGGUCCACAGAUGUUCCCAUCCAACUGUGAAAUAAUCUUUCCGGUAGGUCUUGGGUCUGCCCCGAGGUCUCUGUCCAGUGGGACAUGCCUGAUAUAGCUCUAGCGGGAGUCUUGUAAGCUGCCAAAACUCCCUGAACUGGCUCCUCAGACUCGUUCACCACCAGCAAACUGACUUUCCAGUCUAGACCAUCUAAAGGUGCUUUCACAUAGGCAGUGGUUAGACAGGUUAAAUUGAACCGUGAUAUAUUUCCCCCUUGGUGUGGUUCUUUAAGCAGGUGAGUUCACAGCAAUCACAUUUAGGUAUGUCCCAAAACAACAAGUCUGGGAGUGUCUGAGCAAGAUGGUCUCAGUCUGCAUCUGAAGCUUGGUUCGAUAGCAGUGAGAAAGCGAUUCACCUCUGAAUUGACCUGACUCCAUGAAGUGAAUCAAACAUACUAAGUGUUUUGGACCGGUAUUGCACCCGACCCCCCUUCCUUCAUCUUGCAGGUGGUAUAUUUGCAAAAUCUAAAGAUUAAAAGAAAAGACUGUAUCUGGCAGUAGCAUUCAGUGAACCAAAAUACAUCAAAUCUGACAAACAACGUCAUAAGGACACCAUAAAACCAAAUUGGUGGUGAUAGAGUAGACUUUGAAUAAAUCCCACCCUCAAAUAUUUAGAUAACAACUACGUCAGCUUCAGAUAGAGAUUUGGAAGCUGCAAGAAGAUAAAUAAUUUAAAAUAUUCUUCAGUUCUGCAAGUCACAUUCAACAAAGUUGAACUGGAGAGCUUAUCCAGAUCUGUUCUCAGUGUAGGUUACUCUGUCUCUGCUGAAGAAAUGUCGCUUUCAGUGGUGAGAUGUAUAACAGUUUCUAUAUUAUUUUGACCUGGUUCUUCUCACAUUUAGCAGCCCAGCCUGCUUUAUGGCUGGCUGGCAUUGCGCUCUAGACUGCCACGGUUUAUUCAGAUCCAAACAAGCUCUGAUGAAGUCAGAGUACUGUGGAAAAAAACAACACCUCUUUGUGCAAUUAGUUUAAAUCAAAUCCAGUGCUGGAUGUUUUGACCAUAUAAAAAAGGCACACUAGUCGAAAAAGAAGAAAGAAUUAUGGCCUAAUUUUGGUCGUCUUUUGAGAUUUGAAAAAAAAGCAAAAGGAAACUGCAGACCAAGCAAAGGGCCUCCGAGGGGUACGAGCACAGACAACGAGAAACAGAUUGCUCAAAACCCAAACAGAACUGGGAGAAAAAAUAAGGAAAGUGAGGAGACUCGGUGGAGGUGGGGGAAGAAUGGUUAAAAAGGAAGUGAAGUUGAACUUUGCUGAAGGUUAUUUUUUUUUUACCCUCCUCUAAAAUACAAAGACGUUCACAUUCUUUCCAGGAGAAAGCACAGUGAAGGUUGUGUUUGAUCUCAGGAGUCGCAAAUCCCUGUGGGCGGUAAUCGCAAGCGAGGUCUAACCCAUCCUGGAGACCACUUCAUGGACCGCAAGGACUUAAAGGAGCCUCAAACGUCAACGUAGUUUGAAUGUUCCCCGGCGUCAAAAUAUUAUGCAUCCCUGACCUAAACUAGGCUGUCAGGAGUAUCACAUUGCUAGAACCUUCGAUAACGAAAAUAAAGUUCCCUUGGACACUGAUCAGUGUGGUGAAUCGCUAUGUCAAUAUAUUUAGGUUAUUCAUACAUGACCUGUAGGUCUGUCAUACACAUCACUCACCACCAAGUAGUCAGCUAAUAUCUGUGUGCUGACAGAAUGUGGGACUGGAUCCGCACAUUUUUUUUUGUCUAUAUUUAAAGCUCUUCUAUGAAGCAGAAAGUUCUGUGGUAAAAUAUUUUAGCAGUCUUGGAUUUUAUGGUCUGUUUGCUAGACACUCUUGAAAUAACAUGGAUUUUCUUCUUUUUUUAAAUGGAAAAGGUUCCAUCAUUCCUAACACAGCAUGACAAUUUGUCAAGAUCACAUAUAAGAUGUGCUCAUUAAAAAUGAUCUUCAAAUUCUA